AUGAACACUGGAGAAGUCAUUUAUACCGUGUUGGAAGUCCUCAUCGCAGUCUGCUGCUGUCUGGGAAACAUGUUGGUUGUUUUUGCUUUGUGGAAAACUAAAGGCAUCCAACAACCCACCUUCUGCCUUAUUGUGUCUCUGGCUGUGGCUGACUUUCUGGUUGGAUUUGUUGCCAUACCAGUGGCUGUGCUGGUGGAUGGACGUCUGGAGACUUCAUUCCACACAUGCCUCUUCAUCAGCUGUGUACUCAUCCUCCUGACCCUAGUUUCAAUCCUGUGUCUGAUGGCUAUUGCUAUUGAUCGUUUCCUGCGGGUCUAUAUCCCUCUGCGGUACAAACGGACUGUAACCUGGAAACAUUCCUAUUCUGUUGCAGCUGUAUGCUGGCUUGUUGCAAUACCAUUGAGUUUUACUCCCAUGUUUGGAUGGCAUAAAGACCCACCUGACUCUGCUAAUUCUACAGUUGUCUGCCGGUUCAUAGAAGUGAUUCCCAUGUCCUACUUGGUUUACUUUAGUUUUUUUCUUUGCAACCUCAUGCCUCUGUUGGUGAUGAUUGUUUUGUACAGCUGUAUAUUCUGUUUUAUUCAUGGAAGACUGAAAGAAAAACCUGGUAAUGGUGCUCAAAAUCAUUCACACAUAUACCUUCAGAAAGAAAAACAGCUUGCAUCGUCUCUGGCUCUGGUCUUGACUCUUUUUGUGGUUUCCUGGCUCCCUAUUCACAUUAUGAACAUCGUGGAUUACUUUCGUGGACCAGACACUGUACCAUACAAAACUUUCUAUGUUGGCAUUCUGCUUUCACACGCUAAUUCAGCUGUCAAUCCAGUAGUGUAUGCAUUUAAAAUAAAAAAGAUCAAGACAGCUUAUGUGAAGAUUUGGAGACAGUUUGUUCUGUGUACAGCAGAAAAUAAAGGCUCUUCAGUGAGCCAGACAACAGAAAACGCCAGCAGUAACAUGAGAAGUGGUGAAAAUGAAACAACGCUGAUCUAACUUUUUCAGUCUGUUUCUUUGUGAUGCAUGUCACUGAAAUACAGAUUUUAUCUCAAGAUUUGAAAGAGCUGUAUAAAUUGCAUAGAAUCCUUGUUUAAUAAUUAACUGCAGCUUUUGUUGUCUCUGUUUUCAUUUUCUUCAUUUUUGUGAACCAGGUGAUCUUUGCUGAGCUGUAUAAAUAGCUUGAUGAUUUUUCACUUAGUUCUGAUUAUUUCCAACUUAUUUGAAAAAGGACAAGACAUGAAACAAUGUCAGAUUUAAAUAGUCAUUGCCAUUUUUAGACCAAUGCUGAUAAAUCAAACUAUAAUGAAUUAACUUCUUCCUCAUUGUCAUGUUUUCAUUAAAUGUUUGUUUUUCAAAAGGAAUUACUGUUCGUCUUUAUUUCUGAUUAUGUAUUUGCAUCAACAGUGUGGAAAUUAUGUUGGGCUUUUGUUUUUAGAAAGGGGUGAGCUACUUUCACUGAUACUUUCACUGAUACAUUUAUGCAGUAAGUGGAGAAACAGCAGGAUUUGUAAUACAUGCUGGACUUUUCUGAAAAGCAAUAUACAAUUUAGAAUUUUCAGAAGAUAGAAAGAUCUAAUGUGACUCUGAGGUCUGUUUUAUAAUACAUGGAGGACUUUGCAUAAUAAUAUACUAGUUAAUUUAGCUGCAAAUAUGACAUUUUUCUAAGUUUAAAGACACCAAGUUUAAAGACACAAUUAUAAAUGACUUAAAUGCACAUGGAAAAUCUAACUUUGUGAAUAAAAGCAUCGAUCUUUAAACAAGAUAAAUAACAUCUUCAUAAACAAUCAGUAUCAUAGAGGUCUUGCAUUUAGCUGUCAUGAGUUUUAUAGAGGACAACGCUACAAUUAGCCUUUUUGGAGGAAGUGAGAAUAUAUUAGCAAAUCCCCCACACAACACAAAUACCAAUGGAAAAAAUUGGCAAGAUUGGUUUCAGAUAGCACGACAGUCACAGACUAUUUAAAGGUGUAAGAGGAACAGUCAAAGUUAACCACUUGUUUUGCAUUCUGUAGUUAUCAUUUAUCAAGAGAACACGCAAUUAACAGUACCGGUUCUGUUUAAUGUUCUGGAACAUUGAAAUGUUGAAUGUUCUUUGUUUUUAAACAUCCAGCCGUCUAUCCGUCUGCCCAUCCAUCCAUCUUCUUCCGCUUAUCCAGGAUCGGGUCACAGGGGGUAGCAGCGAUUUUAAACAUUCAACGUUCAAAAUUAAUGCAACAAGUGUGUAUGGAAGUCUAAACCUCAGGUUUUGCCACAAGCAGGGGUCCAGAUCACAGCAUCAUGUUAAAUGAGCUAUAAUGUGGAUCUUGUCUAUGGAAGUUCUAAAACUUCCUCUCAGCUUCCCUGUCAAUACUCAAUCUUUCAAAGUGGGAGUCUGGUAAAGGUCUAUCAACUCAAUUCAAAAAUACUUUAUUAAUCCUAAAGGGAAAUUAAGUUACUGUUUUAGUCUUUUUUCAGAGUUGUCAUUGAUUCUAAUGGUUGGAUAUCCUGUAGCAGUCAGCUUUACAGCAGAUCUGUAGAGCAGUGUUUCCCCUGCUUCAGCACACAUGAUUUAAAUAGUUGAUUAACAGGGUUUUGCUGAAUUGCAAUCAUCUGCAUGGGGUGGGUUGAAGCAGGGGAAUAUCAUGCAGGUCAGUGUGCCUUGAGGACCAGGGUUGGGAAACACUGCUGUAGAGAACUCCACACCUCAGUCUUCUGUUGUUGUUCUGGACUUGUUUGAGCCUUAUGGCCCCUUACUCCCUGACAUUUCCCUAAUAUUGAACAAUCAGGGAAAUCUGACAUUUCACAUUGUUAUAUUGCUAACAAACCUUUACUUUGGCUCCACAAUGAAGUGUUUUUGCUUGUUUGUUGGAUUAUCUUGCUUUUAUUCUUAUAAAGCAUUUUGAAUUACCCUGUUGCAGUAAAUGUGCCAUACAAAUAAAUGAGCCUGCCUUAUCUAGACUCCACAGUAAUGUGUUGAGAUUAUUUUUGCUGGAAGCUAAACAAGUAAAACAUCAUAGAAGAAAUAGAGAAAAAGCAGAAUUGUUCAUAAUUUACAACUACAGCAAGAUGUUGCCAUUUAGGUUUAUUUACAUUCAAAAUGGAAACAUUUAAAUAAAGGUUGUAGUUGAAAUCAUCGUUUGUAGCCACUUAAUGUGCAUACAAAUGUUUUUUCUCUAAGUAAUUGUAACAGGAAU